CGGCGCUGGAUGGCGGCGGGAUGGCAUCGCGCGGCGCGGAAGUGGUAGGGGAUUCAAAGAUUAUCCUCUCCGGUUCACGAGCCCAAAGAUCAGUUUAGUUUACUAUCGGUUCCGCGUCGUACAUCCUUCUUCGAAUUUUGAAAAACACACACACACAUACGGAAACAGGAGAAAACCGCGGAAAGAUGCGGUAAAUAAGGUUGAAUCAGUGGAAAAAGAAGACCGACUGACGGCAGCCGUGGAAAGGAAAAUAGAGAGGAAGCGAGAGGAUGAGAUACAAGGUGAACGAUCCAGAGGGUCAUGAAAGGGACGCGCAACACGUCGAAACGUUUGGGAACUCGAUGGUUUCGUGGCAGCGCGAAACGAGGGACGAGAAAGAGUCGAGCCGAAAGGAGAAAACGAGAUUGGUGAUGAUCGUUGGCUUGUUAAUGUUAACCGUGAUUGCGUUGGUGGUAACGCUAACCUUGCAGAUAGCGGUUUUCCGCAAAGAAGAAUACAAAGGGAUGUGCCAGAGCGAUGAAUGCGUCAAGACAGCCGCUAGAAUAAUAGAGGCGAUGAACCGAUCGGUAGAUCCCUGUCGAGACUUUUACGAAUUCGCUUGUGGUGGCUGGAUCUCGAAGAAUCCGAUACCGCAGAGCCAAACCUCUUGGGAUCAAUUGAGCCUUCUCAGGGAACAGUUGCUCAAGAAUCUGAGGGUCCUGCUCGAGGAACCGGACAAACCGAACGAUCCGAGAUCGGUGAAACUGGCCAGAGAUUUGUACAAAACUUGCAUGGACACUGCGAGCGUCGAAGCCUUGGGACUGAAACCGAUCCACGACACACUGGCCAAGCUCGGUCUGCCGAAGGAUCCACCGUCCCGUACAGACAACUGGGACGAUCUCGAGAUUUCGCGGAUCGCUGGAACGGCUCAGAGGCUACUGGGCUUGGAUCUGUUUGUGAACUUUUACGUGAGCGAAGACGUUCGGGAUACUACGAGAAACCGAAUGAUGAUGGAACAAUCGUCCCCGGGAUUCAGCGAGCGUUAUUUACUCGAACCUCAACGGUUUAGCGCGGAAUUAAACGAAUACAAAAAGUACGUCAGAGCUAUGGUCGAGCUAGCUGGUGCCGGAAAUCGGAGCGUUUCCUUUGCCAAUGAAAUUUUACAUUUUAGUACGAAAGUCGCCAAGAUCAUGGCGACAUCGGAACAAAGACGGAGCGCAAGUUAUCUGUUCCACGACCUAACUAUCGAAGAAUUGCAACAAUUCACGGAUCUGCACGCGCAACAGUGGAACUGGACGGAAUACGUGCAGGCUGUUUUCGAUGAUACGAACGCGACGAUAAACACCGGAACUGAUCGCGCGAUCGUGAUAGAUCUACGGUAUCUGCAGAAAUUGCCCGAACUGUUGGCGAUCACACCGCCCUACACUAUAGCACGUUUCCUCUGGUGGAGCAUUUACUCGACGGUCGCUCCGUUGACGUUACAACGAUUCCGUGACCUGGGAUUCGAAUUCUCGCAAAAAGUGUUCGGGCUGAAAGAGAAGCGACCUAGAUGGAAGGAUUGCACCGGAAACGCGAACGCGAACUUCGGUAUGGCGCUCAGUUACGUGUACGCGGAGAAGCAUUUCAACGAGCGGUCACGGGAAAAGGCUUUGGAGAUGUUGCUCGACGUGAAGGACGCAUUCGACGAGAUGCUCGGAGAACUGGACUGGAUGGACGUCGCUACGAGAACUCGAGCACACGACAAGUUGCGCGCGAUCAGACCGUUCGUAGGGAUUCCGGAAUGGAUCACCGAUUCGGACAAACUGGACAAAUAUUACGAAGGGACGGAGAUUGUGCCGGGAAGAUUGUUCGAGACGUUUUUGAAGCUGACCGACGCAGGGAUCAAGAAAAGUUUGAACGGUUUGCGUAAGAAGCCGGACAAAGAUCGGUGGAUAUCGACGGGUACGGCGGUAAACGCGUUCUAUAGCGCGAUAUUAAACUCUGUGACUUUCCCGGCCGGCAUUUUGAAUCCUCCAUUUUAUGGAAACGGCCUAGAGUCCAUCAAUUACGGGGCCAUGGGCGCGAUCAUGGGUCACGAGCUCACUCACGGAUUCGACAACCAAGGCCGUAGAUACGACGAAACCGGGAAUCUCAAGCAGUGGUGGAGCGAGGAAACGUUGCAACAUUAUCAGAAGAAAGUUGAGUGCAUAAUUAAACAAUACAAUGACUAUCGGGUACCAGAGCUGGACAACAAUUUCACGGUAAACGGCGUCAACACCCAGGGAGAGAACAUAGCCGACAACGGUGGUAUACGGGAGGCUUACAGGGCCUAUCGGAAACUCGAAACACGAUCCCCGAUUGUCCGACAAGCUCUGCCCGGACUCGCCAAAUACACACGGAAUCAGCUGUUUUUCUUGGGUUUCGCACAAGUCUGGUGCGGUAAUUACACAAAUGGGGCUCUAAAAUCGAAACUGAUAGAAGGGGUUCACGCACCGAAUCACUUCAGAGUUAUCGGGACGCUGUCAAACAAUGCGGAUUUUGCGAAAGCGUGGAAUUGUCCAGUCGGAAGUCUCAUGAACCCACCUGAUAAGUGUAUUUUCUGGUGAACGAUGAUCAAACCAAUU